UCCAGAGAAUUAAAGGUUUGUCAGUUUACAGCCCAGGGAGGAGACGACGCUGAGUGGCCUGAAGGUGUUUACUACGAAGGGAAAUGUGCUGGUGGUGUGGAAGAGGUGAACCUCUCCAUGACCCUUGGGCGUAUGCAGCGACAGCAGAUCCAGGAGCUGUGCACUAGCUACGCGCCAAUGUUCUCAGCCACCCCAGGACUGACUGAACGGGCAUACCACUCCAUUGACACAGGUAAUGCUCACCCAAUUAGGGUCCAACCUUACCGGGUGUCUCCUCAAGCUAAAACUGCUAUAGAACGGGAGAUCCAGGAUAUGUUACAGAUGGGGGUAAUCCGCCCCUCUGAAAGUGCAUGGGCAUCUCCAGUGGUUCUAGUUCCCAAACCAGAUGGGGAAAUACGUUUUUGCGUGGACUACCGUAAGCUAAAUGCUGUAACUCGCCCAGACAACUAUCCAAUGCCACGCACAGAUGAACUAUUAGAGAAACUGGGACAGGCCCAGUUCAUCUCUACCUUGGACUUAACCAAGGGGUACUGGCAGGUACCGCUAGAUGAAUCUGCCAAGGAAAGGUCAGCCUUCAUCACACAAAAAGGAUGUAUGAGGUGUAAGAGUUACGGUUGUGCAUUUGAUUUUGAAGAACUGGAUCUGUGUCUUGUGGGAGCUGGAAAUGUGUCCUUCGGCAGCUCAUCAACAUCUGAAAGCAGACUUUCGGUGAUUAGAAGGAGGAGAAAGAGAACGCGGGAGGACAUGUUCACCGAGAUAACGAACACCUCCAGGACAGCUGACACAGAGCUGAGAGCAUGGAGGAUUUCACUAUCCAAGAAGUUAGACAUGGACAUGGAGAGCAGAAAAGCUUCCAAUGAGCGAGAGCGUGCGGUGCAGGAUGAGAUGCUUUGGAUUAUGAAGGACCAAGCAGACAUGUUGAGACGUCUGCAGGAACAGAAGCAGGAGGGUGAAGCGGCCAAAACUGGACACAGUAUUCCAAACAGGAGCUGCAGCAGUGCAAGUAGGGUGGUACGGUCCGGUAAAGAUACCAGAAGGCUAUUUAUAGCUAGUACAGAGUACCAGAAAGACACAGGAGGAGCAGAAGGUGGGGCCGCUGGGAGGCCCCAUGCCGGCAGCUCCUCCGGCGCAGCUGUAUCGCCCCCAGCCCUUCCAGGCAGGCUCUCCUCCGCCUGUACAACAGCAGCCCCGCCGGAGGACAGGGCUGGGCAUGGGCCAGCCACAGAAGGAGCUGCCGGUGUUCUGCGCCUUUCCCCGCUGCCCCUCUUAGCUGGGGAAGGAGCAGAGCCCCCAGCCCUGCUCCUGCCCUUCCACGGAGCCGCGUCUCCUCCGGCUCGGUCUGUACUGCAGCAGCCCGGCCACCGCCAGAGGCCAGGGCUGGGGGUGGAACAGCCACCACAGGAGCCGCCGCUGUUCCUCUCCUUUCCCCACUGCGGUUCCCGGGAAACACAGGAGGGAAAGGAGCAGAAGAUGGGGCCACCGUGCGCCCUACGCCGGCAGCUCCUCCAGCGCGGCUGUACCGCCCCCAGCCCUGCUGUUGUGCAGAUGGAGGAAACCCUGCGUAGAAGGGCUGCGGGCGGUACAGCCACGCCGGAGCAGCUGCAGACAUGGGGCCGUACAGUGGCCCCAUCUUCUGCUCCUUUCCCUCCUGUGGUUCCGUCGUCACACCUGCCCAGGAGGAAGAGGACAGGGCCCUCCACCCUCCGCCACAGCAAGAAUGCAGCUCGCCAGAAAUCAAAGGAUGUAGGAGCAUAGGAGCACCCAGCAGAGCAACUGAGAGACUAGAAGAGAUAGCUUGCUUUCCAUGUAGCUUCCUGGAGCUAAUCUCAGUACUCUGGAGCUGACGUAAAUAGCUAAUGCUUGCCGAUAAUUCUUAGAGAAGAUGAACGGGCGUGAGACUUCCUUCUGACUGCCUCCCUCUCUCAUCGUCAGUGUGUGCUCUGUAGUAAAAGGUCAUGGGGAUAAUCCUGCACCUGCAGUCUAAGAGGGCUUGGCCUGCAGUUCUCAAUGAGCUCUGCCAUAAUUGAUGCUAAUUGUUACUGAGCCAAUGCAUCCUUCCACAGAGGAGCAGGUGGGAGGCUUUAUUGCUGUCAGGACUAUUAUACUAAUAACAAGCUUAGGAUUCUCUGCGUAGACUUACAAGUACAAAGGCCCAAGCUAUACUUUCAGGCUCUCUUAAAGGGUUUACCAAAAAAUCUCUUAGCUCUAUGAAGUAAAAGCUCCUGUGAGUAAGGGGACAAGCCAAAUGGGAUAAUACAAACUGCACUACCUGGUGUCCAUUAAAGUCCUGAAUAAAGCCAGGAAAUGUGAGUUAGUGGGGCCUGAACUACACCUGACAAGCUCUGUGAUGAUGAUGAUAUGUUGCACCCUGCUAGCUGUGCACGGAGUCAGGUUUAAACCUCUACCUCUGGGAUCUGGAGAGAUCCCUGGGGAUUUUGCUUUGGAGCUGCCCAUCUGUUUGCUUUCAAGUUUUGUAAUGGCUGGAGAGUCCCAGAAAGAUGUCUGGAACAGAGAGGAAAUUAAAGUGAAGUAGUCCAGCUGCUGAUGUGAUAAUAUUGGAUUUUAGAAAGCAAAGAGUCAGUUAAUGCUAAGUCUAAAGUGCCUUUUUUUCUUUUACAUUGGAAGAGAAACUUAGCCCUUUUACAGAAGGCCAGAUCCUCAGCUGAUGGAAACUAGUAUAGCUCAAAUGACUUCAGUGCAAUACGAGCUGAACAGCUGGCCUACUAUUCUGUAAUCAUGUUGGUGGAUUUCUAAUUAAUAUUGGAACAUAUAAAACAAGGUUGGACAACGAACUGAAAAAUACACAGUAAAGAAAAAAAACACUUUGGGAGGGGGAUGGAUUAGAUGAAUUUAAAGAUAGGCCUUUCCCAUCUCUGAUCUACAAAUCCGUGAAUUACAACACCAUUGGAGGAUUUCAUUGAAAAAUUAAUGGAUGCUGCUUCAGGAUGUCACAUCCCAGAUCAGAUGGUAUGGAUUACAUUAGCUAUUCAAUGCAAUUUAGUAUGAUUGUUUUUCAGAGCCUGACACCGAGGUGUAGUUAAAUUAAGCCCCUAAUUUAAUCAUGUGCAUUUUAGCUAUAUGGGAUCAUAAGGUCUCGGAAAGUUGAUAUUCUGAUCCAUUAAAACACCAGUUAUACCUUUAACAAUAAAAAAUGGUUCUUGCAGACAUUAGGUUAAAAGCAGAAAUGGGAGAACUCAUUUCUGCCCAUUCAAACAUGAUGGAGGAGACACUUUCAGAUACGGGGCCAGGUUACUCAGGGGUCAGCAGCAGCAGCAUCACCUGGUCCUCUGAAUACCUCCUUAUAUAGUACAAGAAAUGUGGCCAACCCCAAGAAUUCAAAAUCCUUGGAUUUGGUCCAGGAAAAAAAAUCAUGAGUUUGGUUUCCAAAUUGUAAGAUUUUUAAAAAUAAUGGAUUUGGUGUUAUUUUUAUUUGCCUUCUGGUAUUCAGGGUUCAUGCUUUCCUGCAACAAGGAGGGUGAGAAACUUACUUU